UAAUAUGUCAAGAUUGGUCAACAGAAAUCAUUCUCUUGGCCGUCGUUUUUUACAGAAGUAUUAUUAAUUUUAUUUUUAGGCAAUAUUUAUCGAAAAAAUAAUGUGCUAAGAUGGCUGGUUUUGAUUACACUGGUUACAACAGGCCAUAUGGGUUGGAUCCCAACAGAGAAAGCAAUGACUUGUACGAUUCCCGCUAUCAGCAAAUAUACGGAUAUCACACACCUAUGACUGAAGAAUACCAGGGUCCCCCUCUUGUUAUGGAUGAUAAUUCUGAUGAAGACAACAAUGCAUAUAUUACAACAGCAAUUAGUGUUGCUAGUCUAAUUACUGAGAAUCUCCUCAGCCAUCCAUUUAUUGUGUUAAGAAGGCAAUGCCAGGUUCACAAUAAUCUCCGCAACUACCAUAUAGUACCUUACACAUUAAUGCCAGUUGUGGUGCGGCUGCAUCGGCGACAGGACUUCACAACACUGUGGAAGGGCAUCGGCUCAACUUGCAUUGUCAAGGGACUCAACUUAGCUGUGGAAGAUGUGGUGGCUAAAGCAACAGGGUGGCCUAAGGAAGUUUCAAAGUGCAAUUCAGUAUUGCAAUUCCUCCAACAUGUGACUCUAAAAUGCAUAAGCCUAGCCAUUAUCACGCCAUUCUACUCAGCAAGCCUGGUCGAAACAGUUCAAAGUGACAUAGCCAGCGAUAAGCCAGCUCUCCUCGAUGUGUUCAGAGAAGGCUUCCUACGUAUACUAGAGUGGGGAACGCCUAGCAGAGGCAGAAUGCUCCCUAUAUGGGCCAUAGUCGGACCGACUGCUGCUUUUGGAGUUACGAAGUAUUUGGCUCACAUAACGCUAAAAAGCAUAACGGUCCGUAUCCUCCGCUUCCAACAGCGCCACCGCCACGAGCUCAGCGAUUCGUAUAAUGUUAACUACAAACAGUCACAAAACCCGCUCAUUGAGGACAUCAACUUGAAGGCCAACAUAUUCUCCUUCAUAACCAUGGAGAUAUUGUUCUAUCCCGUGGAGACGAUUAUACACAGGCUUCAUAUACAGGGUACCAGAACAAUAAUCGACAAUCUCGACACGGGUACGUCCGUGACACCGAUCCUGACCGGGUAUGAAGGCUUCAUGGAUUGCUAUAACACCACAAUAGCCAAGGAAGGCUUGUCGGGACUCUACAAAGGGUUUGGAGCCCUUGUACUGCAGCUAGCGGCCCAUUUGGCCAUAAUAAAAUUGACAACCUUGGUUGUGUCAGAAGUGUCCAACCUUCUCAAACCUGCCAAGACUCCCACAAGUGAAGAUUCUGCUCACUCCCAGCAAAAGUACCUAUUUAACUAGAGAUUUUAGAAAAUUUCGGGAUUUGUUUUAAGAGUAAUAUGCAGAAAUUAACUCUGUAUCUGUAUGCAAAUUAAUCAAUUUUUAUAUAUGGACUCUGACUUUGUUACUGUGGAAAUAGCUGGGAAAAAUGGUGUACAGACUACUAACUUAACUUACAAUAGCCAACAGAUUUAUAUUUGUUACAAAUGUUCUUUAAUGAAAGUGGGUAAACUAUCCAUAAAUAGGCACAGAUUAGUACCAGUUGGUGGCAUAUCACUUCUAUGGAAGUCAGAACUACAUCCUUAAAAUAACAUAAUGGAGGCCAACCAUUGUUGGAGUGCUGACAAUAGGGUAACAUUUAGGGUAAUAUCACGUAGGGCUGCCAUGGACAAGUUCAAAAACCCAGGACAUUGAAAAAGACAAGAAUUCAGCAAAAAUUGCACUAUUGCCCUGGACACUAUAGGACAAUUGUUGAAAAAUUUACUUAUAGGGUUGAUAAUAACAAAAUGUCUGGAUUCUAAAAAACCUGUCUGGAUGGACUCAAAACUUAGACAAAUCUGGGAGAACAUGGAUGGUGGGCAGCCCUAGUAGGUUAUUCUAUUCCCACUCGUAACAACUCAGCAGUAAAUAGUAGGAAUAACCCCCUAGUGUCAUGUUACUUACAUCUUGGUUACAAAGAGUGACAUAAGAGUUGGCUCUUGGCCAGAGUUGAGGGUAUGAACCACUCGAGUGUCUAACCAGGUAUCGAACCUGGUACUACUGAAGCAGAGUCAAGUAUCUUAACAUUAUAAAUACCAGGUUAACAUUAAAGUCAUCACAUUAAACAGGAUGACAAAACUUUGAACAUGAAGUGUUAAAUUGCUGAUGGCAACUAUCUAAUCAUAAUUAAUAUAUCUGACUUGGCACAAUAAACCUUUCCUCGUAUUCCCAAAAUCCAUUACAUUGUUAGACCCUUUCAGAUGAUGUAUAGUCAAUGUUUGUUUUGUUUAUGUUUUUCUACAGUAGAUAGUUAAGUAAAAUGCUUAUAAUUCAAAACUGUAAAAAGAAGUUUUAAUCAUAAAAACCAAGUUGGAAAAAAGAGAUUCAAUAAACAAUUUGUUGCUA